CAAUCUGCACUUCCGCCGUUGUUCUCGUUGGAAAACUUAGCCCGGGAAGUGCAAGAGACGUGGGAAACCGCGGCGCGAAAAGAUCCGCGAAGCGACGGUUAUUUCAAACACCUUGGACCGCAACCGCCACAAAACGUAAACAUGUCGCGCAAAGGUGAAGUCCAGAUUAACAACGCUCCCGUCGAUUUGAUUUCGGCGGCCAAGUUUGCACCGAAAACGAACCAAUUCCUGCUCGUGUCCUCGUGGGACACCAGCGUCCGGUUGUACGAUGUGACCAACAAUACCCUGCGCCACAAAUUCUUCCACACAUCGCCCGUCCUGGACUGCGCGUUUCUGGAUUCGGUCAAAACAGUGAGCGGUGGUUUGGAUAAUGGGGUGAAGCUGUACGAUCUCAACACGCACAUCGAGUUCUCCCUCGGGAACCACGAUGCGGCCGUCAAGUGCGUCGAGUUUUCGACGAUGGUCAACGGCAUCCUGACGGGCAGCUGGGACCGUACGGUGAAGCUGUGGGAUGCGCGUGAGCGCGAGUGCGUCGGUUCGUACGAACAGAGCGGUGGCAAGGUGUACGCGAUGAGCUGCAUGGAGGAGAAGCUGGUGGUGGCCACCUCGGAGCGGAAGGUGCUGAUCUGGGAUCUGCGCCAUAUGGCUAACUACAUUGAGCGCCGGGAGUCAUCGCUCAAGUACCAAACACGGACGGUGCGUUGCUUCCCGAACAAGGAAGGUUACGUGAUGGGAUCGAUCGAAGGCCGCGUCGCGGUCGAGUUUUUUGAUCUGAACGCGGAAGUCCAGCAGAAGAAGUAUGCCUUCAAGUGCCACCGGGCGAAGGAGAACGGAGUCGAGAAUAUCUAUCCGGUCAAUGCGAUCAGCUUCCACAAUCGGUACAAUACCUUUGCCACCGGUGGUUCCGAUGGGUACGUGAACAUAUGGGAUGGAUUCAACAAGAAGCGCCUGUGCCAGUUCCAUCUGUACGAUACGUCCAUCUCGAGCCUUUGCUUCAGCGACGAUGGCAGCACGCUCGCCAUCGCAUGCUCCUACAUGGAUGAAGCGGAACAACCACCGGAACCGUACCCGGUACCCACACUGUACGUGCGCUAUGUGAGCGAGCAGGAAGCACGUCCCAAGUAGUGCGUUCUUCACGGAAGGGGCGCCGGAUAUGUAGAGAUAGUUUCGCAUAAAAUUAAUGAACCUCCCUUCUGCUUUAUAAUACCCUACCCCUUACCACAACCACAUAAUCAACCCGAACAUUGUACAGUAUCAGCGUCACUGAUUGCUGUUAGUCGUAAGCGAACGUAAAAGGAUUCAAAUACAGCAGAUUACCUCUCAA